UGUCAACUACGUACAAAUGCUACGAUUUAGAAUAAGAAUAAUUAAUAGAAUAAUUUAAUUAUUUCUAUUAUUUAAUUAAUCUCCAAUUAUGGGAAAUGCUGGAAGCAAUCCGCCAAGAGAACGCAUGAAAACAGGUUCUGGGGAAAUCGCCCCGCCAUCCCCAAGUAAAGAUGGACAAGCCUUUGUUUUUGACAAGAAGCCAGAACCUCGACUGAGUUACCAAGGAUCACAUGAAGAAGAUGCACCUUAUUUUGCUAAACCUGAUGCAGAAUUUGUAGAUGGCCCAAGGCCGAGAUCAAACACUCUUACGGAAGGAACUAAAAAUGAUGAUCAUACUAAAUUGCCUACUGUCUUCAAAUGGGGCGGUGGUGGCCGACAGGUUUACAUCAGUGGUACAUUUACAGAAUGGAAAGCACUGCCUAUGGUGAAAAGUCACGGAGACUUUGUUACCAUUAUAGAUCUUCCUGAAGGAGAACAUCAAUACAAGUUUUAUGUUGAUGGAGAAUGGAAACAUGAUCCAGAAACGAAUUUGAUAGACAAUGGCAUGGGCUCCAAAAACAAUUUAGUUUCUGUGAAAAGAAGUGAUUUUGAAGUUUUCCAAGCACUAGCAAAAGAUAGCGAAUCAGUUCAUCAAAGCGAGCAGAGAGAAUGGAGUCAGGAUAUUCCUGUCACCAAGCCUUGGGAGAAGCCACCUGCACCUCCAGUUUUACCUCCACAUUUGCUGCAAGUUAUUUUGAAUAAGGAUACUCCUUUAUCAUGUGAACCAACUCUUCUUCCUGAACCUAAUCAUGUGAUGUUAAAUCAUCUUUAUGCCUUGUCUAUUAAAGAUGGAGUAAUGGUGUUAAGUGCAACACAUCGUUACAGAAAAAAGUAUGUAACUACAUUAUUAUAUAAGCCGAUUUGA